UCGCGGCCUCCUACCUCUCUUUCUCCAGGCACCUCACACUUAAAUCACGGGUGGAAGGCAGGCUCGGUUCCCCUUGCGCCUGGAAGCUGCUGCCCCCUCCCUUGCUCACACCGGGUUUUGCAGCAGUGGCGGCAGCUGCCACUGAUUCCGGCACUGGGGAAGCAAUUGAUACGUCUACUGCCAGCAGCGCGGAGUCGUCUACGCGGACGACAGAGAGAAAGAGGAAGAGAGAGAGAAAGAGAGAGGAGAGAGAGAGAGAGAGAUUGAUUCACAGAGCAAAAACCUUCAUCCAUGUGGAGGGCAGUCUGAGGGAGCCACUGUGUGCCUUGUCCACUGAGUGGUCUGAGUUUUCUCCUCUUCUGGCAGUGGCAUCUCCACUGAGCUUUCAAACCAAGUCAUCCGGAGUUAGCAUUUUCCCACCCGGCAGGGAAGAGAGGAGUUGGCAAGAAUUUGGCUCACCCAUUCCCCCUGCAAUCCUCUGGUGUCGCGGAGCACUGGGCUUCUACCAUGAGUGACACCGUGUUCAGCAACAGCUCUAGCCGUUGGAUGUGUCCCAGUGACCGACCCCAGCAAUCAAAUGAUAAAGAACAGCUCCAGACAGGAUGGUCCGUUCACCCCAGUGGUCAGCCAGACAGACAAAGGAAGCAGGAAGAGCUGACAGAUGAGGAGAAGGAAAUCAUCAACAGGGUGAUUGCUCGUGCUGAGAAGAUGGAAGAGAUGGAGCAGGAGCGAAUCGGGCGCCUGGUGGACCGUCUGGAGAACAUGAGGAAGAACGUGGCUGGGGACGGGGUGAACUGCUGCAUACUGUGUGGAGAAGAGCUGGGGAUGCUGGGCUCUGCCUGUGUAGUGUGUGAGGACUGUAAGAAGAAUGUCUGCACCAAGUGUGGAGUGGAGACCUCCAACAGCCGCCCACACCCUGUGUGGCUCUGCAAAAUCUGCAUCGAGCAGAGAGAGGUGUGGAAGCGCUCUGGAGCAUGGUUCUUCAAGGGCUUCCCCAAACAGGUCCUCCCACAGCCUAUGCCCAUAAAGAAGACCAAGCCCCAGCAGCCAGCCAGUGAGCCUGCUGCCCCUGAGCAGCCCGCCCCUGAGCCCAAACACCCUGCCGGGGCUCCAGCUCAAGGUGACGCUGAUGACAGGAGGGGCCCAGGUCAGAAGACAGGCCUUGACCUGGCCUCUGCUCCUGGGCGAGGAAGCUAUGGGCCUCCUGUGCGAAGGGCCUCCGAGGCACGAAUGAGCUCAUCUAGCCGGGACUCAGAGAGCUGGGACCAGAGCCACGGCGGAGCUGCUGGUGACCCCAGCUGGAGCCCAGCAGGUUUGAGACGGGCCAACUCAGUCCAGGCCUCUAGACCCACCCCGGCCUCGAUACAGAGUCCAGCGCCCCCCAAGCCUGGGCCCCCAGGACCCCCAGGAGGCAGCAGACCCAGUCCCGGGCCAGCAGGACGUUUUCCAGAUCAGAGACCAGAGGUGGCUCCGAGUGACCCUGCCUAUACAGGGGUCACCGCCCCACCGCGAGAGGAGAGAACGGGGGGAGUUGGGGGCUAUUCGGCAGUUGGAGCCAAGGAGGACCGAGCGGGCCGCCCACUGGGCCCCUGUUCCCAAGCGUCUGCUGCUGCUCCCCAGCCGGCCGCGGUCCCGGCCCGCCAGCCCCCACACCCACAGGAGGAGGAGGAGGAGGAGGAGGAAGCCAACAGCUAUGAUUCAGAUGAAGCAACCACCCUGGGUGCCCUGGAGUUCAGCCUUCUCUACGACCAGGACAACAGCUCCCUGCACUGCACCAUCAUAAAGGCCAAGGGACUGAAGCCCAUGGAUUCCAAUGGCUUGGCCGAUCCCUACGUUAAGCUGCACCUCCUGCCGGGAGCCAGCAAGUCCAACAAACUUCGUACGAAAACCCUGCGGAACACCCGAAAUCCCAUCUGGAAUGAGACUCUGGUCUAUCAUGGCAUCACGGAUGAGGACAUGCAGAGGAAGACCCUCAGGAUCUCUGUCUGUGAUGAGGACAAAUUCGGCCAUAACGAGUUUAUCGGUGAGACCAGAUUCUCGCUCAAAAAAUUGAAGCCCAACCAGAGGAAGAACUUCAAUAUCUGUCUGGAGCGGGUGAUCCCAAUGAAGCGUGCUGGAACCACCGGGUCAGCCCGAGGCAUGGCCCUUUAUGAGGAGGAGCAGGUGGAGCGUAUUGGUGACACAGAGGAACGCGGCAAGAUCCUGGUGUCCCUCAUGUACAGCACACAGCAGGGAGGCCUCAUUGUGGGCAUCAUACGCUGCGUGCACCUGGCGGCCAUGGACGCCAAUGGCUACUCAGAUCCAUUCGUCAAGCUCUGGCUGAAACCAGAUAUGGGAAAGAAAGCGAAACAUAAGACUCAAAUUAAGAAGAAAACCUUGAAUCCUGAAUUUAAUGAGGAAUUUUUCUAUGACAUCAAACAUAGUGACCUGGCGAAGAAGUCACUGGACAUCUCAGUCUGGGACUAUGACAUUGGCAAGUCCAAUGAUUACAUCGGAGGCUGCCAGCUGGGGAUCUCAGCCAAGGGAGAGCGCUUAAAACACUGGUACGAGUGUCUGAAAAACAAGGACAAGAAGAUCGAACGCUGGCACCAGCUACAGAAUGAGAACCACGUGUCAAGCGAUUAGGAUGGCGCCCAGGUCCCCACCUCCAUGCCCCAGCCCAUGUCCCGUCACCCCACAGCCUGUCCCAGCUGCCCAUUGCACUCUGGUCUCUCUUCUCUACGCCUCCCCCAAGCCCAUCACUCCUGGAGCCUGCCUUUGCAGUCUCCCCCGCACCUUGGACAUUGCCACCAAAAACCCCCCCUCUCCUCAACGCUGCGAUGCGGGCUCUGAGCGCAGCCCCUCUCUGAUCCCUCCAGAAUGGAGCCAUAGGGAUAGGGAUGGGGAGAUUUUCACAAGGAGGUUGUUAAUUUAACAACCUCUCAGCCUGGGUAAAUUACAGAGGCUCUUCAUCAUUUAGGACUGUUUUUAGACCCUCCUGGCCUUGGACACACGCACAUAACACACACACACACACACACACACACGUGCACAACUUGUUUCCUAUGUUGCAUCCACCUAUACCCUCAGUUGUCAGCAGAGCCAGACAAGGCUGUGAGGAUAAGCAUUUGGGCAGAAAUAGAGCAUCCCGGGUCCCUCCACCUCUUCACAUCAUACACCCCAGUUGCCACAAAGCAGACCCCCAUGUUUAAACUCCCCAGUGACUAGGAACACACCCUCCUGGCUCCAGGUGCAUCAAGAAAUGACCAUGCAGAAUACCCAAAGGAACUGGGUAGCCCCCCCUCUUUCAGGAUGUCCCCUAUUUGCUUCCUAGCAGAAACUAGCUCCCAUUCUCUACCACCCACCUCACCCCUUCUCCUCCUUCCCCUUCCCUUUGCCCAACGCCACGUUCACCUCUCCCUUCCUCACCCUCUCACCUCUUCUC